AAAUGUCGUAUUAAUUUGGGGGUAGCCAAUUGCAACAAUAAAAUGUGCCUAAUGCCAAGUACAAAACCAUGCUUUGUCGUCAUUACUAAGGUAAUACCUAGAAUCAAUUCAAGCUACUAAACAAUGUGCCAUUGGAAACAAAUGUUAAUUUGCUCAUGGAACUCAAGAAUAAAGACAAAUCAAUGGUAUUCAAUAAUAUCUUAUCUUUUUCAGAUCCUCUACCUGCCUCUGCUCUAUCAGCCAUGGCCACAGUUAUUGAAUAGCCACUUAAUAAACCUCAACCUCCCAUAUUUUAAAGUAUUGCUUAAAUUAUUAUUAUUUUGUUCCUUGCAAAUACCAUGCCCAAAAUUAUUGUAAAAAUGGCUAAAAUUGUCAAUACAUCCAUGGUAUUUCCCCAUUUUUAAUUUUAGACUCCGAGGCAAAUCAACAACAGACCAUCCCAUUCCAACCAUAACCCCAGAUGCCCUCGCCUUCCCCUUAGGUGAAGC